AUGGUGAACCAUGACUUGAUGUUUGGACAGAAUCACAGUGUAUCUCUUAGUCAGAACCAGAUUAGCCAUAAUCAUAAUGUGGCUAUUGCUCAAAACCAUGGCUUGGAGGUGGGCCAAACUCAUGACCAUGAAGCAGGUUUGGGGCAGAACCAUGAUAGUGAGGGCAAUGAUGAUCAUGAAUAUGAACACGAGAGUGGGGUAAUGUUGGAGCAGAAGCCUGAAGAUGAUGUCCAUGAUGCGCCUUUACCUACAGAGAGCAAUGAGUUAGAUAUGUCCGAACACAAUGAAUUGGUUGUAUCUGGGAACCAGGACCUUGAUGAGAAUAUGGAAUUAGCUGUGAUCCAGCAGGACUUGGGUAUUGAAUCGAUGCAUGAUAUGAGUGUUCAGCAGGGUCCUCUAGUAGUUACUCCCAAUCAUGUUCUUCAGGCACGUACUCUUGCUGUGAACCCUAAUUACGAGCUUCAUGUGGGACAAGAAUUUCCUGAUGUCAAAGCCUGUCGAAGGGCUUUGAGGGACACUGCUAUUGCCCUUCACUUUGAAAUGCAAACCAUAAAAUCGGAUAAAACUCGCUUUACUGCUAAAUGUGCCAAUGAGGGAUGCCCCUGGCGCAUUCACGCUGCGAAGCUUCCCGGUAUGCCCACUUUCACAAUCAGGACCAUCAAUGACAACCAUACAUGUGGUGGAAUCGCUCAUCUUGGCCAUCAGCAAGCCUCAGUUCAGUGGGUUGCCAAUUCUGUAGAGCAACGGCUUCUUGAAAACCCCAAUUGCAAGCCUAAAGAGAUCUUGGAGGAAAUUCAUCGAGUUCAUGAAGCCUCGGGUCUUCCAAUAAUUCAGAUGAUGGAAUGCAUUAGAAGGCAGCUCAUGACUUGGUUCAAUGAACGUCGUGAGACUAGCAUACAGUGGACUUCUAUUCUUGUGCCUACUGCUGAGAGGCGUGUCACGGAGGCUCUUGAGCGCGCACGUACCUACCAGGUUCUUCGUGCCAAUGAAGCUGAAUUUGAGGUAAUAUCUCACGAGGGGACAAACAUUGUUGAUAUCCGAAAUCGCUGCUGUCUCUGUCGGGGAUGGCAGUUGUACGGUUUACCCUGUGCACAUGCAGUGGCAGCUCUACUUUCGUGCAGGCAGAAUGUCCAUCGAUUCACUGAGAGCUGUUUUACUGUUGCUACGUAUCGGAAGACAUACUCACAAACCAUACACCCGAUUCCAGAUAAAACAUUAUGGAAGGAGUUAGCUGAGGGAGAUCCAAAUGCUAGCAAAGCUGCCAAUAUUGUUGUUAAUCCACCUAAAUCUCUGCGUCCACCUGGCCGACCAAGGAAGAAGCGACAUCAGUUGGUGCGUUUUGCUCCACCUUCGUCAAUAAAGUUGUGGCUAAAAACACUAGCAGUAAAUUGGACAGUCGCAAAAAGUACCAAUAACUAUUCAGAUUUGUAUCGUCUAAUCCGAUCUAAUACUGCAAAGAUUAACAAGUUGAGGUGCAUGGAGAAUAGUUUCUACUACUGA